AGCCAUCCACUGCCAGUGGGGUCCCUUCAGGCCCUGGAGUGAGUGUGAGGGCUGUAAUAACACCCAGACUCGCUGGCGAUCAGUGCGCGACUAUGCUCAGUUUGGAGGGCACCAGUGCAUUGGCUCCAAAUUUGAAUUUCAAUCAUGUUCGGCGACCAGAGGUUGUCCGGUGGAUGAGGGAUGUGGGGAUCGCUUCCGAUGUGCUUCAGGUCAGUGUGUGAGCCCCAGCCUGCGAUGUAAUGGUGAUGACGAUUGUGAGGGAGAUGGAGCUGACGAGAUGAACUGCGUGGAUCGGAAGAUGGCGUGUGACAUCGAUAAAAUCCCCCCUCAGGCCGAGCUGACAGGCCAUGGGUAAGGGGGCAUUAGUGCCUGUGAGA